AUGCCCGCCUUCCAGCCGCCGAAAAUGACAUACGAGAAAAACAAGGCCUGGAGACGAAUAGCUAAGCCGGACUUUCACGACCCAAAGAUGAUAUGGGGUGACUAUUGGCGGCGGUUCAAUACGAUCGCAGUCCCACUCCUCGAUGAGGACGCCUAUUUUGCCGACAUCAUUGCUGCUGCAAAACACGCCGAGAAUCGUGGACACCUCGAGGAACUUCUCGCUGCGAAACACGAAGAGCGCCGCCGAGAUCUCGACAAUUUCAUCCGCGACAUCGCUCUUUCAUCCAUCACCUCCCGAAAGCACUUCUUGUCUACAAAUACUCGCGAUGCGGCGCUCAAAAUCGGCCAGACUGGCAGUAUGGAUAGCUUCAUACAGUUUGUGUGUGGUGUUAUCUUCGGUUGGAGUAUGGCCGAGGAUAAGCAGCUGAUGCGCGUCACCACCGCCGGUGAUACUAGCACGGUUGGAAACGGACCCGAUGCCCGAUGCGAUGGCGAUGCGCGAGAUGAUGUUUCCGAAGAUGGAGGCGAUCCAUGGGAAUACGAGAACAUAUUCCCCCCCGAGUUAUGCUCCUCACCUGGCUCGGACGAACAAGUGGACGACCCGUGGAGUCAUACUUUGCAGAGAGGAACAAUUUGUCACGAUACGGAUGAGACAACUUCGGAGCACCAAUCUCAGCCAUUAUCAUCCAUGAUCGCCCGAAUCGACAAGCACAUCACCAAAAUCGCCAACAACUCCAAGAUCGUCAUCCGGGCUACACUCCACGUCGCCGCGACCGACCGACGGUUCCACCGUUGCCGCCACGCCUCACUCGAAAGACCCUGGGUCAACCACAAUCCCCUGUCCGGUACAGACCACGUCGCCUUGCACGUCACAUUCCUCACCAAAGCUCUCUUAUGCCCAAGUAGUGGACAAAUCUAG